AGCUAAAUCAAAAACCCAAUCCGUAAACAAAAAACCCAAACUAAAAAUUCAAAUAAAAAAAAAAUCGAAUUCGGAUUUUGCUCAAACUAUGACCAACCCUAGUUGUUUAGCGUAAUUUAUUCUAAAAUAAAUAAUAAAUUUGUUAGUAAAAUAAAAACCAGCAAUAAUUAUCAAAGCUUCCUCUAUGCUGUAGUUAUUCACAGGAAAAAAGAAAAAGAAGUGGAAAAAAAAAAACAGAUUAACCCCACGUGCUGUAGUUUAUUCUCAAAACACAAGUACACUCACUGCCGCCGGUAAUCUCGUAUGUGUGUAUUCAAAAGGUUGUUAAAAUAUAGCAAGUGAAGAAAGACACUUUGGUCUUUGGGAAAAAACCUGGUGCAUCCACUUGAACGUUAAAAAUGCUGGCUUCUAAAGGAGCAGCUGUCUCAGAUUGUAGAGUGAUGAGGACCUUAUUCUUCCCCUCCAAAAUUUCACAUAUACCAGUUGUUAGAUUUGGACGGAAAAGCUCGUUUAAAGCCUACAGUGCCAAGAUGGAGCUCUCUAUCACACGACCUGAUGAUUGGCAUCUUCAUCUUCGUGAUGGUGACGUUCUUAACGCAGUUGUCCCUCACAGUGCACAGCAUUUUGGGAGGGCAAUAGUCAUGCCAAAUUUGAAGCCUCCUAUCACUACCACCGCUGCUGCUGUAGCAUACCGGGAAGAAAUAUUGAAAUCUUUGCCUGCCGAUAGUGAUUUCAAUCCUCUUAUGACACUUUAUUUGACAGAUACAACCAGUCCUCUGGAAAUCAAACUAGCAAGAGAGAGCCAGGUCGUAUUUGGGGUGAAGUUGUACCCUGCUGGUGCCACGACAAAUUCUCAAGAUGGAGUGACUGAUCUCUUUGGGAAGUGUUUACCAGUUCUACAGGAAAUGGUUGAGCAUAAUAUGCCUCUGCUGGUUCAUGGAGAGGUUACAAAUCCCGAGGUUGACAUGUUUGAUCGAGAAAAGGUUUUUAUUGAAACAGUUCUAAGACCUUUGGUUCAGAAAUUUCCACGAUUGAAGGUCGUGAUGGAACAUGUUACCACCAAGGAUGCUGUAAAGUUUGUUGAAUCUUGCACUGAAGGAUCUGUUGCAGCGACUGUCACCCCACAGCAUCUUGUUUUGAACAGGAAUUCUCUCUUCCAAGGGGGCUUGCAACCGCAUAAUUUCUGCCUUCCAGUGCUCAAAAGAGAGAUCCACAGGCAGGCUCUUGUGUCAGCUGUAACAAGUGGAAGUAAAAGAUUUUUUCUUGGUACUGACAGUGCUCCUCAUGAUAGACGAAGGAAAGAAUGUUCUUGUGGAUGUGCUGGUAUUUACAAUGCUCCUGUAGCCUUGUCAGUAUAUGCAAAGGUGUUUGAGAAGGAAAAUGCACUUGAUAAGCUCGAAGCAUUUACUAGCUUCAAUGGACCAGACUUCUAUGGGCUUCCUAGGAACAAUUCAAAGAUUAAGUUGAGCAAGACGCCAUGGAAGGUACCCGGAUCAUUCUCUUAUGCAUCAGGAGAUAUUGUUCCCAUGUUUGCUGGUGAAAUGCUCGACUGGUUGCCCUCUCCUCUCUGAGAGAAAAAAAAAUGAGAUUUGCAUUCUCAUUUUUCACUCUUUCUUGUACUGUAACGUUGUGAUUCAACAAAAAUGUAGGCUUUAGGGGUAUUCAUCUUUCCUUUCCUGUUGAUUAGAUAUUAUCAUAACCAUAAAGUCAAUUCGAUAAUAUCGUUUCAGCCAAUUUUUUUUAUGAAAUGAUAAGAAAGCUUUCUGGA